ACUUGUUAAUGGUUUCAAAGUUGGGAGGUCAUUUGGUAAGGUACUGCUAAUGGACAGAAAUUCUAAAGUGCCCCCAAAAUAGGAGGAUUGGCUCGAGGAUUUCUACUUCCCUGGAGUUAAAGCAGCUUUAGCCCAAUAAAUAGGUUUUGUGGUCAAAAUCAGUAAUACAUUAAAUUAUAAAUUUGAGUAUCAGUAAAUUACACAUGUUGGAUUAGCACUGGUUGAUACGAGUAUGUGUGAUUUAAUUUGGGCACUCCGGAAUUUGUUGUGUGACAAAUUCAGACCAGUAAAAAUUGUUCAAAUAUUUAAGAAAAAGAAGAAUGGUAAUAAAAAUGGUUAUUUUUAAAAAUGAUUUAUACAGUAGACUCCUGUCUGAAGUCUUGCGGCAGGUCGUAUAGAUUGAGUCAAGUCCAAGCCUCGGCUAAACAAAUUUCAACAGAACUUUGUAAAACAUUUUCAAGACAUCCCCAACUUCAAAAGAUAGCACCUGGUAUGCCUGCAGCAGAAAACGGUUUGGUUCUGUUUACUUACAUGUGCCUCGUAUACCAAAUCUUGUAAUCCAAUUAGAAACACCAACUGUUAAAGCCUGUUAUAAAAGGAGACAUUACCAGAGCAGACAAAUCUGCUUGAAGCCCCAUAGCAGAACAGAGGCUGAACGUGACCCUCUGUCAGCGGGUUUCCCCUCCUGGGAGUCCAGGAAGGGGGACUACAGAAACCCAGGUCUUUGUGCAAUCAUCAACAGCUCUGGCAAAAUGUUUUUCAGAUUCCCAAGACUGACUCCGAGCUACAUCAGAUUACUGCAGACCCAGGCCUACCACAAUGUGUGUGUGGUACGUCCACCCGAGAAGACCAUGCCUGGCAUGGCUAUGCUUCUAGGAGCCGUGGGGAUCGGAAUGUGCGGGUACAGCUCCAGGCAGUUGGCUCUCUACCACCGACCUUCCAAACGUGUGCUUCAGAGCGUUGGCUCGCACACUGAUGCCAGCAUGACGGGCGGGGUGGUCUUCAGGGCGCCCUUGAUGGAUGCUACUCGCAGGGCUGGAGCCUACCAGGAGAUCCCACCUCCCUCCUUUGUGGCCCAAAAGUUUGUUUAAAAGAAGCGUAUUGGUCGGUGGGCCAACAUAGGAUGUUUUUCGAUAAUCACACUGUUGCAUGUCGAAGAUUGUAGCUAUGCUGGCCCAUUGUGUCAAUGAGGCCCAUGUGCUCUCGGAUGACAUGCGAGUGGAGUUAUCGGAAUGAUUCAACCUGUGUUGGCAGAGUUCUCUAGAGUCCUGUAGUUCCGAUAAUUUGUCUUUAUCUCAAAACAGCAGCGUAAUAGUCAAAUACCGUGUCAGCACUAAGCAGUUUAAGUAUACUAAUAUCAGAACGAUCAAAUGUAGUGUGACUAAUUUAGAUCCCCUUGUGUCAGUUUUUCCGAUAUAAAAAAGGAAUGAAGUUUGGCAGCGGUCCUUCAUACACAGGCGGUAUCCAAAAGUUUCCCGUCUCAUGAUAAAUGUGAGGAGAACAGGUUCUGUCCUUGAACAAAGCCCCAAACUGAAACGAUCAAUUAAAGACAAUGUGGAGGUCAGAGGUUGGCUUUGUGACUCAAUUAAUAGCCCUCUAAGAAUCGGCCACUAAUUGAGUAGCAAAGCUUGGUCAGGGUGAUGAAUUAGCAGCGCCUUGUUGUUGUUGUGAGAUUACGCGAUGGUGGCACGCAAGCUGGGUAGACGAUUUAUAAAUGAGCUCGUAUGUAAGAGGUGUUUAGACCGCAUCUACUAUUCCUACCCAUCGUAUAUAGAAAGUCCCUGUGCCCUCAAACUGUACCUUUCUCCCUGCAAUGUCCACCAUUAGUCUCUCUAUGCACGGGUGUGACAGUGGUGUCCUUGUUCACGCCCUCAAAAAAUGCAGUUAAAAAGAGAGAUGGAUAUAAAUUGGCGAGGCAUUGAGAGUGGUUGAGAAUGCGUGCCGUGCCUUAAGGAGAGCACAGGGUCGAUCUCGGAGAUUGUUCGAAACUUUCUCCCAUGAGCGUGAUCAUAGACUGAAAGAGGCGUAUGAUUAGACAAUGAUUCAUUUGGGGCAUCGUUUGCUGAAGAGCAGGUCUUUCCUGUUUGACUUCUUCAUGACAGCUUGAGAGUUCAUUUAGAAAGGCAAUCACUGACCUCCUGGAAUUCUUCCCAAUAGGAUAUUCCAAAGAAAAAAAUCUAAUGUUGGCUCUGCUGAGGGGAAUCUGUACGACAUGCACGUAGAUUUUGUCCUCCUUGUCAGACUGGAUGCAGAGUCACAUUCAUGUUUUCUCUAUAUAAUCAAUAUGGGGUGUGUUUCACACAUUUUUUUGGUCAGCAGAGAUUAAACAGAAUCUAUCAUUAGAGUUGCUGGGAGGAGGAUAAGGAGACACCUUUAUGCACUAACCACUUUUUGACUCGCCACUCCUCUGUUUAGGACGGAUUACUGCCAGACAUGUACACUGAAAGGCAGGAAUAAAAAUUAUUCAUGAAUGUUAAAUUAACUGGAUUUAAUGUCUGUACAACAAGAAUGACCUGUGUUCCCUUUAGAGGAUAGUUCUGCUCUGUUAGUGGUAUAAGUGAAAUGUAAUAAAAGCUAUUUAUGUGAAAUAAAGGAUAAUUUGGCAAAA